AUGAACUUAAUCACAACAAUUAUUGCCAUCGCUUCUAUCCUGUCUGUUGUUUUAAUUAUUGUAUCAUUUUGACUACCCUUAAUUAACCCAGACCAUGAAAAGCUCUCUCCGUAUGAAUGCGGCUUUGACCCUCUAGGAACAGCCCGUUUACCCUUCUCCCUCCGAUUUUUCCUCAUCGCAAUUCUUUUUCUUCUUUUUGACCUAGAAAUUGCCCUUCUGUUACCACUCCCCUGGGGAGACCAGUUAUCAUCACCCCUUCUUACUUUUUUAUGAGCCUCAGCCGUCCUUAUUAUUCUCACCUUGGGGUUAAUUUAUGAAUGACUUCAAGGAGGCCUAGAAUGGGCCGAAU